AUGUCGUUCUCCGGAGUCGUCGUCCUUACUGAUCUCGACGAUUACAUUGCACCUUCACAGGCUUGUAUUAUGCCUGUAGAAGUAAGAAAGAACGAGAAUGAAGGAGCCAAGACAUCAAUAGUGGUUGAUGAUUCGGGAGGAUAUUAUGAAGUAUCUGAGAGUGGCGCUGAAGUCAAACUCGAACGAGCGAGUAUUACUCUCAACGACUGUCUAGCAUGCAGUGGAUGUAUAACAUCUGCAGAGAGCAUUCUGUUGACGAUGCAAUCACAGGAAGAGUUAUACAAAGUUUUAAAAGCAAACAAAGAUGCAACGGAAGCAGGGAAUUUACAAGACGUAAAGACAGUAGUCGUAUCGAUAGCACCACAGUCUCGAGCUUCACUUGCUGCAAAGUGUGGCUUGACCCCAUUGCAGGAACAUCAGUCUUCCACCCUACUUCCGCCAUCACUUCCUUCUAUCAACAAUGCGUCGAACCCGUCAAGACGGAGAAAUGCCAUGGGGAAAGGGGCAGGAGCGGCAGAAAAUACGGCCAUGACAAAAGCGCGGCUCCCAAUGCUUGCGUCUGCCUGUCCAGGUUGGAUAUGUUAUGCUGAAAAAACGCAUGGGUUUGUAUUACCAUAUAUUAGCGAGAUAAAGUCACCCCAGCAGAUUAUGGGUGUGCUUGUUAAGGACUAUCUUGCAGAGACGCUGGGCUUAAGAUCUAGCCAAAUAUAUCAUGUCUCUGUUAUGAUGUGCUAUGACAAGAAACUUGAAGCUUCUCGUUCCGAUUUCUUUUCAACGGAGAAUCAGACACGCGACGUCGACUGUGUAUUAACCACAGGCGAAAUAGCUCAAAUGCUUUUCGAGAAAUCAUUUUCUCUCGCUGACUCACCCGAAGCACCGUUGGACAGAUUUACAAAGAUGACAUCAGAGGAGAAGAUUAUGGGCAGCUAUGGGUCUGCUUCAGGAGGGUAUUUGGAAUAUGUUAUGAGACGCGCAGCGAAAGAGCUCUUUGGCGUUGAUGUUGACGUAGAAAAGGAACAGGGAGUUGCGGUGAUAAUUGGUAGAAACAAAGAUUUUAAGGAAGUGGCUCUUGAGAUAAAUUCUAAACCUGUCCUUCGAUUUGCACAAGCAAACGGAUUCCGAAAUAUACAAAAUCUCGUUCGUAAAAUAAAAUCAGGAUCUUCGCCCUAUCAUUACGUAGAGGUGAUGGCAUGCCCAUCGGGUUGCAUUAACGGCGGUGGACAGUUAAAGCCUGAUGAGGGGGAAAUGCCGCUAAAGGAAUGGAUUAAUCGGGUAAAUAGUGUGUACAAAUCUGUGGACUGUAGUUACCCAGAGGAGAAUGAAAGUGCCAUGCGAUUAUACGAUGAAUGGCUCGGAGGAAGAGACUCUCCUAAAGCGCGGUUGAUGUUGCGUACGCAGUAUCACAAUGUCGAGACUACUCUAGUCAAUCCAUUGGCUGUAAGAUGGUGA